UUGCUAUUUUUUCAUGCGACGACGUUUCCCUUUUUUCGGGCCAACUCAUCGGUCUUUUUGACACCGAAAUAUGUUUGUUUUCACAUUAAAAAAGUUAUGAAUUGUGAAUUAACUAUCAAGCAAAUUUAAACGAAAACAUUUUCGAAAUGGAGGUGCACUAUCUCGUAUUAUUUUUGAGUAUUUUAUGGCAAGGCUGCGACGCUCUAACGUGGAGCCUGUUGCCGAAUACACAGAAGUGUUUGAAAGAGGAAUUGCACGCUAAUGUGCUUGUCGCAGGAGAAUAUGCGGUAACAGAAGUCGGAGGACAAAGAGUUGACUAUAUUGUGCGUGAUUCAAAGGGUCAUAUCCUAGCUACAAAAGAUCAUGUGACAAAAGGGAAAUUCACAUUUGUGACUGAAACAUAUGACACAUUUGAAGUUUGUUUCAUAUCAAAAAUACCUCCAGAACAUAGAGGAGUUGCACAAGAUGUAACUUUAGAUAUCAAAGUAGGCAUUGAAGCAAAGAAUUAUGAGGGAAAAUGGAUUGCCGAAGCUGCAAAAUUAAAACCUAUGGAGAUGGAGCUAAAGAGAUUAGAAGAUUUAUCAGAGGCUAUCGUCCAGGAUUUCACAUCCAUGAGAAAACGAGAGGAAGAAAUGAGAGACACUAACGAGUCAACAAAUAACAGAGUGCUAUUCUUCAGUGUGUUCUCAAUGCUUUGCCUUUUGGGAUUAGCCACGUGGCAGGUGCUAUAUCUGCGUAGAUACUUUAAAGCCAAAAAACUCAUUGAAUAACAUUAUUUUUAUACUAGAUAUAGUCACACUGGGCUAGAUAUACUUUAUGUUCCUCCAAUUCUUCAUUUACUAUCAUUAAUCUUGUAUAAAAGACCAAAAUGUAACGGACAACAGUCCAUCAUAAAUGUAAUUCAAUGGAAACUGAUCGGUGUCGUCUAGGAAGUUUCAGAUUUUCCUCAUGAAAUUGCGUAUACAACGUGCAUUUUCAUAGCCCCAAUGCUCGCACUGCAUAAAUAUUAUGAAAUCUUUUCAAAUUAAUUUCGUACACAUUAUUUCCAAAAUAUAGGUACGAGGUAUUCAUCAAAGUAUACAACUUGUAACGUAUAAAGAAAUAAUGUUGAAGGGUGCAUAAGUAUAUUUCAUAAGGAAUCACCCUGUAAUAAUAUUAAAUCGA